AUGUUUGAUUUACAAGUAUGUCGAAUAUGCCUCCGGGAUGAAAGAAAAUUUUAUAAAAUGGAUAAGUAUUUUCUUAAAAAAUACUAUGAGGAAAUCAUGGCUUUGCCAAUUGAGAAAGUUGAUGGGCUGCCUCAGUACUUUUGUUAUCAAUGUGCUGCAACAUUGUAUAAGUUUCAUUUAUUCAAAGAAAAGUGCCAUUAUAGUCACAAAGCACUGACAGAUAUGCUUUGGAAUGGAAAGGUAACCCAAUCAGCUGUCAAUAGAAUAAAGGCAAAACAAAAUCCUAAACUAAUGUAUGGCACUUUGGAAGUUGUAAAAAGAAACAAAAGAGUAAAUACUUUAAUAUUAAAACACACUUAUGAUGAAGAAGAAGACUCAAAUGAUAUUAAAGGAAUUGAUGCAAUCGAUUACUCUGACCAUUCAUAUAUGGAUUCUGAAUGUAUCAGUGAUAAUGUUGAUAAUAUUGAACAUGUUGAGCCUGAACCGGAAUUGGUUUUAGCUGUAGAUAAUGCUGAUAACACAGAGAUCUUCCCAGCUACUGAAAAUGAUGUUAUUGAAUCUGACCCUCCAAAAGUAGAAAAAGUCACUAAAAAAAAGUCAAAGCAAAGUAAGAUGCUUAAAGAAAAUAAAAUGUCUAAAACCAGACAGACAAGGAGACGAAAAAUGGGCAAAAAGAAAAAAAAUGAAGAAACCGACUCAGAUGAUGAAGUUUUAGCUAAUAAGAAAAGAUCUAAUGCAGCUUCAGAGAGAAAAAAUGUUGAAUUCACAAAAGCAAAAGGUGGUAAGCCGAAGGUCCUUAAGUUUUUAGAUUCCGGAUUUUGGAAGAAAUCAUUUUUGACUGAUGAAGAAGCCAUGGCAGAAUUUCAGGCUAAGGCACAAGAUCGAAAGUACCUUAGAGCAGCUUUUAAAUGUACAGAUUGUUAUAGAGGUUUCUCACAAAAGAGUAUGUUGGAAAGGCAUAUACCACUAAAACAUGGAGAGGCACUAGGUCCAUUAGUUUGCCGCUUCUGCAAGUGUCGAUUUAGGACAGCUUACUUUUUGAAUAAGCAUAUGAGACUGCACUAUACCAAGUUUGAAUGUCUGCGGUGUAAUUUAGUUUGUAAUAUAGAUAAAUCUGCAUUAUUCCAUGAAGAGUAUCACAAUGGCGUAAUAAGAAAAUGUCCUCACUGUGAUAAAGAAUUCAAACAUAUGUCUACGUUCUACACACAUCUACGCACGCACAGAAGUAAACACAUGUGUCCACGGUGUGGAGAAUCAUUCGUCAGUGAACUAGGAUUAUAUUUACAUCAAAAAGUGAAACAUAUCACUGAUUCUGGUAACAUCGACGUUGAGGGUAACACUUACUGUGACGUGUGUAAAAUCAAAUUCGAAACGACGGAAGCUUAUGACAGACAUCUAUUACAUUCUGCUAUGCACACCGAAGAUAAAUUACUUGAAGAUGAUACUGCCAUGAAAGAAAUAAUGAAGGAUGAUGUUGAUAUGGAUAUAAAAGACUGUGAAGAAAUUCAAAAUUCGGAGGAAUUGUAUACUAGGAAAACGAGAGUGGAAAAGACUUUAUCGGCAGUGAGGAAGAGAAAUCUCAACAAGGCACCAGCGAAAGUUGCUAAGAAACCAACAACGUGUCAACAUUGCGGUAAACACUUUGAAUCUCAGUCGGCAUGUAUGAAGCAUCAUCACGCUGAGCAUCCGAGGAAGCCUUUCUAUUCACCUAAAGACAGAGUUAUAUGUGAGAUAUGUGGAGCAUCACUAGCGCCUAGCAGUGUACCUGCUCACCUUAAUCAACACACGAGGCGUAAAAUGUACACGUGUGACACUUGUGGUAGAUCAUUCACCACUAACAACAUGUUAAGGAAUCAUAUUGUGACUCAUACGGGAGAGAGAAACCACGCCUGCAAUAUUUGCGGGAAGCGUUUUGCACAAAGCGGUAGCUUAAGUCUUCAUCAUAGGACGGUUCAUCUUAAACAACCUUAUCCUAAAAGAAAUAGAAGGAAAAGAAUAGAAGUGCCGAACACCGAGGCUGGACCAUUCGGUGGCAAAGAGGAAUACAGAGUAUGGAAACAUUACUUCGAUAAUUCGACAUACUCUAACUCUUAAAUUAAAGAAAGUGGAACUGUUAGGUACAUAAUAAAUACUCCAAUGAUCGGACAAGAUGUUUCAGAAAUCGAAUUAAAAGAUACUAAAAUAAAGCUAACCAAAAGUGAGUCAGAAUAGCACGAUUUAUAUGCCGUUAAAAAAUAUUAACUGUCAUUACAAUGUAAUGGCGAUUGUUGAAUCAGUGACAUUGAUCAACAUCGCUACAAUUGACGGAAAGCGCUGAUUAUAAGUUACUUAACACAGUUACAAGAUGGCGCUUUUGACGUAGAACCUUUAUAGCACUUACAAAGUAUCUACGUAAAUUAAAUGUCACUGGAUGGCUAUAUUAUUGUAACAAAUUUCUGUCAAUAGGGUCUUGGACAUGUUUUUUUUUAAAGAAAGGUCAAAUAUUAUGAUUUGCGUUCCGAAUCACAUGAUUUUGACAUCAAAAAUAAUGCUGAGAGUUAUAAAAUAUAAUCAGAGGUCGGAAUUAGGUAGAGUUAUUUAUGUACUUGCAUCGAAAUGUUGAUAUUAAUGCGGACCUUCCCAGGAUUUCUUUAUUUCUUCUUCCUUUAUUUCUUUCUUUCAUUGAUGUAAGUUUGGCAACGUCGUGCGUGCAGUAGUUUAAAUUGUGUAAAAGUAAAUAACUUUUUAUUUAAAAAAUCACGGGAUUUUUUCUGCUCUUUAAAAUUAAUCUCGGGAUUUGAGGCAUAUCCACUUUAUUCUUUCGCUGUAUGAAAUCAGUGGUCGGAAUUAGGUAGAAUAACUCUACCUAAUUCCGACCACUGAAUAUAAUACAAUCCUGAAACUUUUUAAUCAUUUAUUUUUAUUUUAUAUUCCAAUCUCAUUAAUUACCUAAAGGCAAACCAUUAAAUUGUUUUGCUAUUCUGUCCAAGACUAUUUGAACACUACAAUUUCUUUGAUUUUGAGAACUAUUUUUUAAAUACUUCAAAUAAUUAUUGAAAACGUGUUAUUUUCAACGAGGUCAGAAGCCAUAAAAACUGUUAAAUUAUGUAUGAAAAUACUUCUGAAUGAAUCUCAAGGAAGACCGUGCCUUAUGGCGCCGAGUUCUCUGCUUACCCCGGAAAUAAUCUCUAAUACUAUUCUGUUAUACAAACAGCCUCGAAUUCAUCACCAACGAAGCUUUCUUAUGUCAUAGAAGUUCAAUCAAAUGAAUCUUUUACAAAAGGUAAUAAAGGUGUUAUUUCAUUUAUGGUGUGACAGCGCUUGAGACCGUUUUUAACAGAAUAGCGUAGCUGUUAUAAAAGUAUAAGAUAGUUUAAAAUAUUGAUCAAAUAGGGCAAGUACCUUCUCGUGAAAAGACUAUUGUAUUGUAAUUGGUAACAUAAAAAUAUUGUACAAUCUUUUUGUACUGACUGAGUAGUGUGAAGUAUCAACCUGUAUAUAUAAAGUAUUUAAAUAGUAAUGGUUGUAACUUAUUUCCAAGACUUUAUUUUUCAUUAUGAUAGUUUUGUCGUAUUAUUUUAAAACCACAUGUAUAAUCACAUGAAUAUCUUAUGAAAAAUGCAAUCUCAAAAAAACUCUAAAAUUAUUUAUUAUAUUUAAGCUUUAAAUGUUUUGAUUACAUACAUAUACAACCUUUUUGUAUUUUACAAUUGUAGAAAAAUAUUUUAAAAUGAUAUAAUUUACUGAAAACUACAUUUUAUUAUCAUGUUUUGCAUGAAUUUAUUUAUUUGUGAUGAGAUUAGCGUAUUUAUGUUGCUUAAUAGAACUCUAUCAAUUUAAAUAAACAUUGUGAGAUUAC